UAUCUCAGAGCAAGUGUGUGGUGAAAUCUUUCCAGACGGAGGUGGCUCCAUGCAGCUCAUCACUGCUGAGUGCCAGACUUCAGCAGAAGAAAACAUCACUUAUUGUGAAAGCCAGUAUUUUUAGACAUGACUGAACAGGGGCCAGCACCUACUCCUGCUGAAAUACCUCCUGUAGCUCCAGUUAUCAGUUGGGAUCCCGUGCAUCACGUAAGGAUGGAGAAUUAUCCUAUGGACACCACUGUUGCAACACAGUAUACUAGUAAUUAUUCACAAAUGAUGACUCAUCCCAAGAGAUAUACCAGAUGGCCUUCUGGUCCUCAAUACCGGAUACAACAAAUUAUAUUGGUGCAAGUUAACCCUGGGGAGACCCUCACCAUCAAGUCUAAUGACGGGAACAUUCAGAAUAUUCAAGGACCCGCUGAUGUACCUCUGAUGUCACCAAGUGGUACUUUGCCACCAAUAUAUCUUCCUCCUGGUUACAUGUCUCAGGUGGUGGAAGAGAAUGGGAUUCGCAAAAUUAUCGUUGUGCCUCAGACAGUAGACUAUCACAGGACCAUGCCUCCUCCUAUACAAAAUGUAUCACACUUCAUUGCACCACCCUCUUCUCUGUAUCCACAAGCCCCUCAGCUGAUGUAUCCCCCAGCUCAAAGGGAAUUUCCACCACCUUACAUCCAAGAGCCUGUGCCACAGCAGCUGCCACCACCACCACUGCCACCCCCACCCCCAUUGCCACCACCAGCAACAUUUGUAUACCACGAGCAAAAUGAAACCUAUUCUCAUGGAAGAGCAAAUUAUAACCAACUUGAUAAAAGGGCUGAUAAAAUGGGAGAAUAUAGGAAGGAAAAAAAGAGAGAAUGCCAAGUUGAUGGACACAAGAAUAGCUAUAUGGUUAACAACACCUCUUUGCUUGUGAACAAAACUAAUGAUUUUUCCAGUAUUCCUGGUAUUCCCAGCACUUACACUGUGGACUAUGCUCCUGGUACCUAUACUGUUGACAAUACUUUGAGCACCUUCACUGCAGACAAUGCUCCGCACACCUACACUGGUGACAGUACUUCAAGCACCUACACUGUGGAUGAUACUUCAGGCGCUUACACUGUAGACAAUGCUCCAAGAACCAAUAUUGUUGGCAAUUCUUUGAGCACCUACACUGUGGACAAUGUUCCAUGCAGCUACACUGUUGAGAAUACUUUGAGCACCUGCACUGUGAACAAUACUUUGAGCACUCACACUGUGGACAGUGCUCCAAGUACCUGCACUGUGGACAGUGCUCCAGCCACCAACACUGCAAACAACACUCUGAACAUUUACACUGCUCACAAUACUCCCAAUACUUACACUGUUGACGACCCUCCAAACACUUACAUUGCUGAUAAUACUCCCAGCAAUUCUUCCACUGACCAUGCUCCUAGUACUUCCACCACAGACACUUCUCUGCCCCCUUCCACCAUCGAUAGUGUUCCGAGCCCUUCCAGCACUAAUUAUGCCCCACAGACGUCCACCUCUGACGGUACUCUCACACCAUCAUCUAUUGAUGGUACUCCAGGUUCUUCCAUUUCUGAUAGUGCUCCUGACACUCCCACCUCUGAAAAUGCUCCCAGCAUUCCUGCCACUGAUAGUGCUCUUGGUACUUCCAAUGCUGCCAGCACUUCCAGUGCUGCCAGUGCUCAUGUUGAGACUAGUCAUGGAAAGAAACAGAGUACUACAGGAAGCCGAGACAUUAAGCAGAAACCAGAUGGAAAACAAAGCAAGAGCCCAUCAUCAAAUGCUGCAGAAAAAGAAUGCAGAACAGAACAUGGAAGAUCGUGCUGUCUCAGCAUUGAGAAACCUGUAGUUUCUGAUAUUCAAUCAAGAUCUGCUGUUAUUUCAUGGAAACUGCAUGGUUCUGAGAAAUGUGACCAUAUUAAAUCUCCUGUAGUAUUUGAAUUGGAAAUAUCUCACAGCAGUAAAAAUGGAAAAUAUAAAAACGUGUAUACUGGUGAUGAAGUUACAUUUACUCUACUUGAUCUACAGCCAUCCAUGGCCUAUUUUGUAAGAAUUACAAGCGUAAGAGGCUCAACACACAGAAUUGUGUCUGAAGUGGUUAGCUUCGCAACUCCAGGUUGCAAACCAGACCCUCCACUUGCACCCAAACUGAUUAACCGAUCCAAGAGCAGCCUGAAUUUACAGUGGAAGGCUUCCAAUGAAAAUGGUUCCAAAAUAAACAGCUUCCUUUUGGAAUGGGAUGAGGGCAAAGGUGAAGACUUCAAAAGUUGCUAUAUGGGUACCAUGAAACAGCACAAGCUCCUGAAACUGAAUGCUUCUACAAAAUAUUCAUUCAGAUUAGCUGCCAAAAAUAACUUUGGCUUGAGUGAUUUCAGUGAAAUAGCAGUCUUUCAUACAUCAGGAACUACGCCUCCAACACCUUCACCUCCGAAGCUAAAAGAAGCAGGAAUCUAUAAUAUGACAUUAGAAUGGUGUGCCCCAACCAACACAAACCCUAAUGACAGUCUUACUUAUGUACUAGAAAUGGAGGAAGCAGGAUCCGGAUUGGGUUUUAAACCUAAAUACAAUGGAGAGGACCUCUCAUGCACUGUAAGAAAUCUUCAGAGAAGUACUACAUACAAGUUCAGGAUCUUUUCCUACAAUAUGGAAGGAAGGAGUAACCCCAGUGGAGAAGUAAAAUAUAGUACCUGUCCUGAUAAGCCUGGAUCCCCUAAAAAACCAUACGCAAAGGGAAAGAUCCAUGCGCACAAAGUAAAAAUUGGAUGGGAACCACCCAAAGACAAUGGUGGGACAUACAUUUCAAGCUACAGUUUGGAAGUUAGUGAAAAUUCAGAUGUGAAUUUCUGGAACAUAAUCUACAAUGGAACUACAAGGGAAUUUCUAUAUGAUCACCUGCAACCUGGUACUACAUAUAAACUGAGGGUCUUUUGCACUUCGCCUAUAGGCCAAAGCCAGCCUUCAGAUAUAUUGACUAUUCAAACACCUCCUCUUUCUCCUGCAUCUUGCUGUCCUCCACCUUUGAAUGGUAAAGCAAAGGCCAAGGAAACCAAUGUACAAUGUGACAAUCCUCCUGAUAAUGGAAACUCUAAAGCACGUGCACGUGUCAAAAAGGCAAAAGGUAACCGAGAUGACAAACAAGGGCGCCCUGACUCUGAAGCAAGAUGCAUAUUUGGAUCUCAUUCAAUGAAGUGUGAAACUGCGACAGUCCCAAGCCCUCCUUCCCAAUGUGGGACACCUGUGCUAACCUGCAAGGGUCCAACUUGUGUUGCUGUUAGUUGGGAAAUUCCUGUAUGUAAUGGUGCUGAAAUCACUGAUUACAGACUAGAGUGGGGACAAAUUGAAGAAUCGAUGCACUUGAUUUACACUGGCCCUUGUCUGAAUUAUGAAGUUAAAGGUCUCAUUCCUGCAACUACGUAUUUUUGCAGAGUUCAGGCCGUAAAUACAGUUGGAGUUGGAAUGUUUGGAGGAACUGGCAUAGUAACCACACCAGCAACUGUACCAGCAGUAGUGCCAAUGCUGCAUGAAGUUGAAAACAAAGUUCCCGCCAAAUUGGCAUCAUCUUGCAUUGCUAUUGAGUGGGAGGAACCAGAUUGCCAUGGCUCUCCAAUCACUGGAUAUAAUGUUGAAUAUGGAGACAGAAAACUUUUGACUGUUGAUAGAGUAACAGAGUGUCUUCUGAAAAAUCUACAGCCUGAUACCACAUACAAAAUCAGAAUUCAAGCUAUCAAUCAUUAUGGACUAAGCCCUUUUAGCCAAUCAAUAAGAAGCAAAACCAAGCCACUACCCCCUGAGCCUCCACAUCUUGACUGUGUGGUCUAUGGCCACCAGAGCCUCAAACUGAAAUGGGGUAACUCUUCAAGCAGAGGGUUACUUUCCAACCUUAUAAGCUACAAUCUGCUAAUGAGGGGUCGAUCUGGCAGAUUUUCUAUCAUUUACCAUGGACCUUGUCAGACUCACAAAGUACAAAGACUGAGUGAAUAUACUGAAUACAAAUUUAAAAUCCAGGCAUGUAAUGAAGCUGGUACGGGACCACUGUCUGGUAUCUAUACUUUCUCUACAACCAAAACCCCACCAGCCGCACUUAAAGCACCUAAAUUACAUCAGGUGAAUAGCAAUAUUUGUGCAAUCAAAUGGAAAUCUUUGGAGCCAAUAAAAGGAGAUCCCAUUGUUUACAAUCUUCAACUCAUCAGUGACAAAGGAACUGACGUGAUUUACAAAGGACCGAACACGUCAUUCUCCUUUUCCAACUUUCUCACAAAUUCACAUUAUCGCUUCAAGGUCUGUGCUGGACGCCAAUAUCAGAAUUCUUCUGGGAUACAAGAGCUCUGGGGACCAUAUAGCCCCAGUGUUCUUUUCUCAACUCGUAAGCAACACCCAGGGCAUGGCAAAGGCAGUAGAGGAAAGGGAAAAAGCAGUCCUAGUGAAGAAAAAGAUGAAAAGUCCAAGAUAGAGAUGAGUGAUGAUACGUUUGUUCUAAUCCUUGUGAUAGGAUUUGCACUAGUUGCCAUUCUGUGUGCUGUUUCAAUUCAACACUUCCUAAUCAAUUAAUCUAUUUUUAUGCAUUUUUACUUUUUAGGAAGUUCUAAAAUAAAUUACAUCAAAUAUAGAAAUUGCUAGAUACACUUCAAUUCUUACAAAUAAAUCUCAUUUAGUAGAAAUCCCUACAAACAUUUACCUGACACCAAAAGAACUGCCUUACUUUCAAGAAAAUCUAUGUGACAGUAGAAGAGAAUUUUUUAGGAAAUAGGUUUAUUUUGAAUUUGAGAAUUUUAGCAACAAAAAAACUUCCACUAUUGUAUAAAACUAUCUACAACCUCUCAUGAUAAUUAUUCUCUGCCUUAAUUUUUCAAAUGAAUAUUUUGCAAACUUUUUAGAAUUAUGAGAGGAUAGCAGCAUUUUGGACUUUUAUUUAGAACAAAGUGGGAAAAAUCAAUUAUACGUGUCAAUUUACAUUCGUAUGGAAUAAUAAAAAAGUAUCUUCCAACUUUCUGUGCUGUAAUUUUUUCAAAGUAUCAUAUUCAGUUGUUUGGCUUGUGCCCUGAUAAUUACUUUGAUAGUGUGAAAUAGUGAUUUACAGCACUUUGGGAGUCGAAGUAGCAAAGCAGGGAGCCAUUUUAUACCAUUCCAAACUCUUUAAAAUACACACAGUGUUGAUCACCUUCUAAUCAGGAUGAUUAAACAUUAUACAUAUGAUGACUCAUAUUUUUACAUGGCGUAUUAAAAUGAUUUCUUCUGAAAAUGUUUGUGUUCACAUCCAUUUCUAGUUACAAAUGAAGCGUCUCUUCUAUAUUACCACAAUUCAUCCUCCAGGAGCUGUUUUGGCCAUCCUGCAAGGGAGACAUUACCCAUUCCAUUCCAAAAGACUAUUUCUUAGCUUUAUUGAAAAAUUUUAAAUAUUAUCUCCUAUUUCAGAGUUUGCUCUUUGUGUUUCAAAACUGAAAAUCAUAAACUGGAGACGAAAGUGUCAAUUUUUAUGUGAGCUAAUAAUUUUGGCAUAUCCAAUGAAAUUAUCUUUCAUUGAAUAUUGUACUGAUAUGUGGUAUGUUAUAAAAUAUUUACUGAGGUGGUUGCUGUUCAGUUUAGAGCUUGAGGUAUUGUUUAAAAUAUGGAAAGCAUAAAAUAGUUUUGAUCAUGGAUUGGAAGAGUAAACAUAUUAAAAUGUCCAUAUUACCUAAAGCAAUCUAAAGAUUC